GCUGUGGGCGUCUCUGGCGCUGGCGAGUGCCUCCUGCCUGCCUUGCCCCGAUGGUUGAUAAGCUGCCUCGCUCCACUGGGCAUGCCCGCUCCGUUUCUAUAUAAAACCCGUCGGAGUUAAUCCCUGGACAUUCCCCGGCUCCUUCCACCCCGCCCUCGCCAUCGGGUUGCAACGGAUCGCGCUGUUUGGCCGCCGCAUCAUUCAGAUCGACUCUCCGGUUGCCGCUGCAGCAAGCAACUUCACCCUGAAUGAUGCUGUCCCUGGACCAGAUCCACACAGAACCACCCCCAACACCCAAGGAACUGGACUGGGCAGAACAGGGGUUUCUACCCCCACUGAGCCCUCUGCGCUGUGCCUGGCGCCGGGAUGUAUCCCUGGACUGCAAGAUCAGCCCUGAGGAUGCCCAGGCCCGCGCCUGCACGGCCUACUACUACGACCUGUUGCAGUGCACCUUGCAACAGGAGGGGCUCCCAGAGACGGUUGACCUCACCAAGGAGCCCCGCACAGGGUUUGGACCAUCGGACAUAACCAUCUGUGUCUUAGGCUCCCCCACUUCAUAUCUGUCUGUGCUUCUGGAAGGCGGCAACCAGUGCCCAGGUAACAUGCUGCUGUGCCUGUCACCUGCCUGGCUCUCCAAGGUGCCAUCCGAAUCGCACCCUGGAGAGUCGUCCUUGCUGGUCUUCAAGGCGGUGACAUUUGAGCUUGGGGGCCGCACGACGCUGGAAGAAUUUGCCCCCCCACGCCGCGUCACCUACUUCACUGGCUGCUUUGGGCCUUGCAAGGUGCAGGGCCAGUCAGCGGCGGAGCUGGCGCGAGACCUCGAUUGCCCCACGGGGGGCUCCGGAGAGCUGGCCCGCCUGCUGGAGGACAAGCUGCUGACCCGUCAGCUCAUGGACCAGCAGGCACAAGUAGCCGUGCCCCCCACCCUGGCCUUCACCUUUAAGCGCCCCCUGCCCCUACGUAGCGUGACCGAGGAGCAGCGCGUCCGCAUGGUGGAGCUGAGUGGCCGGGAGGGGCAGGACAACCUGCUGCAGGAGGAAAUCACGGCUUUCUUGCAAGGUGGCGCCCUGGAGCCCUAUACUCAGGUGGUGGUCAAGCCAUCAGGCUGGCGCUGGAAUGGAGCCCAAGCUGUGUCAUUCCAUGCCAAGUCAGAACAGGGAUGUGUCCUGCAAGCAGUCCUUACACUGCUGGAGACUCUGGAGGAGGAGGAGAGCAUCUUGCUGGAGGCCUUCAUUCCCACUGCUCACAUGGUCCAGCCUGGCCCUCCUGACACAAAUGGUUCCCCAUGCAACACAUUUCCACGGUCUAAUCUGGCAGUCCGAAUAUGCGCUGUUGUCUGCAGAUCCCGGAAGGACCAGCCUCUAUUGAGCAAGGUAGUUUGUGGUGUGGGCCGGGCAGAUAAACCCUUGAAGCACCAGGCCACAGUGCCCCAGACUCUGGAGAGCAGCCUACGGCAGUGGGGGUUGAAGGACGAGGCCCAGAUCUCAGCCAUCCGUGCCCAGAUCAAGCAGAAGGCUGAGGCGGCCAUGAAAGCUUUCAUGGAUAUGGAGGCUGGUCUGUCAGCUGAGCAAAGAGGUGGUCGCCGAGCCCAAACUGACAUUAUCGGUGUGGAUUUCCUCCUGAGCUCAGAGGAGCAGGUGCUGCAGCUGGUGGCCCUGGAGAUGAACUCGCAGCUGUGCCUGGAGACCUGCUCCGUCUUCGAAUCCAUGGGCCGGGUGGUGGGGGCACCCGCGGGUGAGGCGGCAUGGCCCCUGGUGGAGACGAUGCUGCGUCGUGCGCAGUGCCACCUGAUGGAGGGCAAGCACGUGCUGGUGAUUGGGGCCGGCGGAGUCAGCAAAAAGUUCGUCUGGGAGGCAGCCAGGGACUACGGGCUAAAAAUCCACCUGGUGGAGUCCGAUCCCAACCACUUUGCCUCCCAGCUGGUGCAGACCUUCAUCCACUAUGACACCACGGACCACAGGAGGGAUGAGGAGCAUGCCCAGCGACUGCUGGGGCUGGUGCAGGAGCGGGGCCUGCAUCUGGACGGCUGCCUGUCCUACUGGGAUGACUGCAUGGUCCUGACGGCACUGGUGUGUGAAGGGCUGGGCCUGCGCUGCAGCUCCCCAACCGCCAUGCGGGUGGCCAAGCAGAAGAGCCGCACUCACCUGCACUUGCUGCGGCGGCGCAAAGAGGGGGCGCGCUGGCCCUCGGCGGCCCUCUACGCUGUGCCCUGCUGCCACCUGGAGAGCCAUGCUGAUGUGGAGCGGGCGGCCAGCCACAUCAAUUUCCCCGGGGUCAUGAAGCUAGAGUACGGGGCAGGGGCUGUGGGGGUAAAGCUGGUGGAAGAUGCGCAGCAGUGUCACCUGCACUUCGACAAGAUCUCCAGGGACCUCCAGGAUGACUCUGACCAUCCAGGCAUCGGGCUGGGCUGGGGCAACACAAUGCUCCUGAUGGAGUACGUCUCCGGCACUGAGCAUGAUGUGGAUCUGGUGAUUUACGAAGGGCGGAUGCUGGGGGCCUUUGUGUCCGACAACGGGCCCACCCGGGUGCCCAACUUCACCGAGACGGCAGCCUGCAUGCCCACCUGCCUGCCCCCCGAUCGCGAGGCGCAACUCAUCCGCGCCGCCUACCAGUGCUGCUUAGGCUGCGGCCUCACCGACGGCGUCUUCAACGUGGAGCUGAAGCUGACGGCGGCUGGCCCCAAGCUCAUUGAGAUCAACCCCCGCAUGGGCGGCUUCUACCUCCGCGACUGGAUCCAGGAGAUCUACGGAGUUGAUAUCAUGCUGGCUUCCGUCAUGGUGGCCUGCGGGGUGGUCCCUCUGCUGCCUGCGCGCGCCCAGCCCCGCACGCACCUGGUGGGAGUGAUGUGCCUGGUGUCGCAGCACCUGCAGGCCCUCAAGUCCACAGCCAACCUGGAGACGCUCCAGGCCCUCCACGAGCGCGGUGUCAUCCGCCUAAACCUGCUGGAUGACGAGCUAGUGUCCAGCGAGUACGAGGAGCCCUACUGCAACGUGGCCUGCGCCAGUUCUAGCCGCCAGGAGGCCUGCCUCAAGCUGCUAGGCAUCUGCCAGGUGCUGGGCAUCGACUCGCUGCACUACCCUGUCGCCCAUUUCCUCUCUCACUUCAAAUAGCCUUGGAGAUACGGCUCCCUCACUCUGGAGCAGGCCCAAGCCCAGCUCCAGAGAGGGGGCCUUGCCCAUCCCUCCUGUAUUAUCCUCCCCUUAUUCCCAACUCACCCCGCACCCCUGGGGUUUGCAUUACACAGACACCCUAUUUCCUACAGCCUUUCUCGAGUGGCUGCCGUCUCCCUCAGGAAGGAGUGUGGCACCAUCUGGGGCCAUCUCUGGUAAGUGCCAUGCCCACACCACUCACAUCCUUGAAGGGGCUCAGCACCUCCUUUCCGUGGGGGGACCUGAUUCACUACAGAAUCCCAGCCUUCUUUGCCCCUCAUCUCCUUUGCCUUUAUUUGCAGUUCUGAUUAAUUUCCUCCGCCACCCCAGCUUGCUUCCUGAAUUAUUCCAGCCCACCACCAUAAACAGAGACAAGUUCCAAACUCUUCACCUUCUCUUUCUUCUACUGGGGAAAAGCUGCUGGUUUCUGGCCAGCCAGCUCCUGCAGAGAAUCUGCCUCACUCUUCCAGAAUCCAUGGAAGAGAGGGCUUGGCAUUCAGAUCUUUGACAGUCCCCCAUCAGCCAAUACUUCUCCAGCAAUCCUACGAGAGCAAAGCAGCAUGUGCUGAUCCUAAGCACUAAUUUUCCCCGUAUGCAAACUCCAUCCACUUGCAGGCAAGCCCCCCCUGCAAAUUCCUCAGCCAACCUACUGUAAGAACAGCAAGACCACACGCACGCCUAUGGUAACCGCUGUUUAUGGAGCAGUAGAACACAAGAUGUUUAACAAGCUAGUUCUGCUGACUCAGCACUUGCAAACCCCACAACGAAUUAACAUCCUAGCAACGCGCGAUCCUUAUUGGAGCUAAUGAGCACGCACAACUCUGUGCUCAUCAGAUGACCACAGAAUAACACCGGGUAGGUCUGUGGUAAACCCUAACGUGUGUGUGUCUCCCGUGGGCAGAGGCCACCACACGAGUUCUCUGUGCUUGUAAGAGCAUCUUUAACUAUCUCCCCACCCUGCAGUGCCCCAAGAGAUCCUGUGGUAGGCUAUCACUGACAGCACUUCCUGGCCACCAUUUGCUAGCAUACGAGGCUCUCCAGUGAAAGAUCAUAGCACCAGCACUCCUGAUGUACCUUAAACUAAAUAAACCUGCUAGUGGAACCACGAUGCCCCUGAAGACCCUUACACAACUACGAAAUCAUAGUGCCAGCAUUCCUGACCAUUACUGCAAUAACAAGCCACAACCUUGCCACCAUUCUGAAUUGUGAGGAAGUAGCAAUGCUUUGUGCAUAGUCCUGGCAUCCCCAAAUAAUGUUACCUAUAGAGUAGCAGCAUCCUUUAAAAUGCCUAGAACCAGCAUAAAGAGAAAGGAGCAGAAGCAGAGUUCCGACCAGCACUAUGGGAAGAGUGUCUCUGUCUUUUUAAGAGCUCACUGGCUUUCUGUUGCUUCCAUGGCAAAAGGAAGAGGCUGCAGGAUGGGGGUAACUGAAGGGCCUGGGUGGACUUUCCAUUGCCUGGGAGGCUUAAAAUGACAGAUACCUUGAUCCCAUUUGGGGAGAGGGGAGGCAGGAAUUGGGAGCUUCAGGGUGCCCAUGAUUGGGUGACUAACAGCAAGACCAUUAGUUAAGUGUACCCGCCUAACAAGGAUAGGUGACCCUGCCAGCCUUCCUGCCUGCCUAUAUCUAUCCUUCCGCCACUUCUGUAACCAGGCAGGCGUAGUAGUUCCUCCCCCAAUAAAAUGCCGUGUACAAA